AUGAAUACCUCCACGGAGCAGUUGCCCGCUGAAAAAGGCGAUCUUGAUGUCCAACAUGUGGAGGCUCCACCGAAGAGCUGGACCCCGGCGGACGCGGACGCCGACCGCGAGCGACAUCUGACCGUACUGGAGACCUUUCGCAAGCAUCCCACCAUCGUCUUUUGGUCAUUCUUCUGGUGUAUGACGGCGCUUGGAUGGGGGUUCGACACGCAAGUCAAUGGCGCCAUGAUCGGAGUUGCCUCGUUUCGCUCUUAUUAUGGAUACAUGUAUAACGGUGCUCCGGUGAUCCCCGCCAGCUGGCUCACUGCGUUCAAUGUGAUGUCCUCGGUGGGCCAGUUCUUCGGCGGCUUCUUCUGCAGCUGGGUUGCGGACCGAGUGGGACGCAAGAAGAGCUUGGCCCUGGGCGUCGUCAUCGUCACGGCCGGGAUCUUCGGGGAAACCUUCUCAUUCACCCGUGCUGCCUUCGUGGUGAGCAAGCUGAUCCUCGGCGUCGGGGUGGGUUUCUAUCUCACGCUUGGGCCCAUUACCUGCUCCGAGAUAGCACCCGUGCAACUGCGCGGGAUGUCGUCGGCGGGCGUCAAUUUGGCCAUCGCACUCGGCCAAUUGAUCUCCAACGGGGUCACGAAAGGCUUCUCCAACCGGUCGGAUGUGUGGGCGUUUCGGGGCCCGUUUCUGGUGCAGCUCUUGUUUUCCAUUCUACUAUUCACGGGCAGCUGGCUGUCUCCAGAGUCACCCUGGUACCUGGUCCGUCAGGGGGAAAUGGAGCAAGCCCAGCAGACGCUACAGCGGCUUUACGGCCCUGACUUUGACACAGCUUCCAAGCUCGCCUCCAUCCAACGAACAGUGGAAGUAGAACAGUCGGCCGAAAACCCCAGCUACCUCGCCGCAUUCCAAGGCACCGAUCGCGUGCGCACCCUGAUCUCCAUGGGAAUAUUUGCCUGCCAGCAUUUGGCAGGCAUUAUUUUUGUGCUCAGCUUUUCAACCUACUUCUUCGAGUUGGCGGGUCUCAACACAUCCAAUGCCUUUGACCUCGGGGUGGGUGUCACGGCCUGCGGUGUAGCGGGCAACAUCUGCUCCUGGUUCCUCGUGAAUCGAGUGGGACGACGACCAAUUUUCCUAGGCGGGAUGGUGAGCUGCACGGUUAUUCUUCUCCUGAUCGGCAUUCUGGACGUCGUCCCGACCAGUAGCGCGAAGUGGGUGCAAGCAUCCCUUACGGUCAUCUACUCGUUCGUAUACUUCAUGACCAUCGGCGCCGUCGCCUUCGUCCUGCUCGGCGAGGUAUCCUCUCUUGUCAUGAGGGCACGCACAACGGCCCUGGCAACGGCCACCCAGGCUGUCUUCGGUGUUAUCAUGUUUUUUGCGGUGCCAUAUAUGGUGAAUCCGGACGCCGGCAACAUGAAAGGCAAAGUGGGCUUUGUAUUUGGUGGCUUGUCCGCCUGUGCAACCGUCGUCUGUUUCUUCUAUAUUCCGGAACUCAAGAUGCGGACUUAUGAGGAGAUUGAUGAAAUGUUUAUCGGUCGCGUUCCCCCACGCAAGAUGGGCCAACACCAGUGUGACGGCGAAGUGGUGGCGGAGAUUAUGAGGAAAGUUUAG